AGGUCUGAUACCUGCUCAGCUGCAGAUUUUACGUCCUGUCUCUCCUCUCGUGGCCCAGCCUAGCUGCAGCUAAUGGACUAACUCAGCCGGCCAAUCUAGUCAAGCCCUGUCGGUGCGUGAAGGCCCCAGGCGUUAUGAGUGUGAUGAUCUCCCAUGCCCAAGAGCCUCAGACCCUACAGAACAUCUACUGCCUCGCUUUAGCCAAUGUCCUGUACACUGUGCCCACGCCUGCAAUUGUUGGCCUUUAUGCACCAUGGGGACGCUGCAAAAUCUUGCUCUUAAAGAAAAUCAAGGAGUUCAUGGUUAAUGAGGAAUUUCAGCAGACUCAGAAGACGCAGUGUUGGGCCUCUGGCUUGAAUCUACUCAAGCUCCUGUUUCUCAUGAUCUUCUACCGGCCAGUUCUGACAGGGCAGCAGCAGUGGCGAAGGAAUGUGAAACACGUCUUCAUCCAUUUCAGUGCCUGGGAGUACGCGGGCAGCGACCAGCUUUGGGCAGGCCUCAUCACCACACUAUGCGACCACAUCGAAAGACACUUUGGUCUCCUACCUAUGAGUGUUUUCAGGGCUGUAGGUAAGAAAUCUGGCAUCAUUGAAGGACCAGGGGAUCAGGAAUGGGUUAUCAAGAAGUUCCUCUUCCUCCCGCUGUGGGCUACUGUGAUCUUUCUGAGCGUGGUAGCCAUUGGCAUGGGCGUUUUCCUCCUAGUGCUUGGCAUGCACAUUGGAGAUGCCUCACGAGAUGCCAUAGCUGUUGUGGAAGGCAUUGGGGUGAUGGCCAUUGGCCUCUCUGCAGUUACUGCCAUAAAGUUCACCUUCCCAGUGGUACGAAACAUCAUCGUCACCCAGAAGUGCCAGCUGGAGAGACAGAUGAACCGGACGGAUCUCAGCGCACAGCUGGGCUUCAUGAGCAGCGUGAAAAAGGAAGUCAGGACAAUUACCAGGUUCCUGCAGUUCAUGGAGAUCUUCCAGCGGCAGAAGCUGCGGGUGGUGCUGGAGAUCACCCACUUGGACAGGUGCAGCCCCGACAGGGUGGUUGGCGUCCUCAAUGCCAUGAACAUCCUCCUCUCAGACAAUGAUGCCCCGUUCAUCUCCAUCUUGGCUGUUGACCCAAGCAUCAUUGUUGACUGCGUGGAAAGCUCCACAUGUGUGAAGGGUAUGGCCAACAACGGCUACAAGUUCUUAAACCGCAUUGUUACCCUGCCCUUCUGUGUCCCUCAAAUGGACUGUGACACCAAGAAUGGCCUGAUCAGGGACAUUAUUGACCGCAGGAAGCCACAAGUGAAAGAGCUAGAGGUGAAGAAAGCUAACCCUUACUUCCUCUCCAACCCUCACUAUGAUCCUGCCACCCAUGAUGCAAUGAAUCCAGUUACAGAUGACAGCUGCACACCUCUUCUCCCUGACGUCAGAACCCAGCAGUCAGAAACUGGAAGCUACGGGAAAGAUAUCCGAACCAAAGAACUAAUUCAAGCUUUUGACCACCUCCUUGAUGAGUCCUUGAAGGAAUUUAUGCCGGAUAACAUGGUGCAAAUGCAGCGCAUCGUAAACACCAUCACCAUCACCAUCACACUACUGAAGAGUAACCUCUUCAAGGACACGGUGUGUCCGAAGAAGGUGGUGGAAUGGGUGCUCCUUGCCAACCAGUGGCCGUGCCGUCUGAGCUGGCUGUUGCAGUGCAUCGAAGAUGAGAAGCAGAGGAGCAGAAUGGGCAGUUGCCAAGAAAGCCCGCUCCGCCCAGACAUGUCUCUGUGCGAGGUCUAUGAGAAGUACAUGGAAGAGCUGGACAAGCUGAAAGGCCAGAUGGAAAAGCUGCUGGAACUGGACCAGGAUCCCGAGCUCUUCAACCUCCUGUGCCGCAAGUUUCGGGUGGAGGAGGCCAACUCGUACCUGCCCUUCACGGUCAAUUUAGACUUGUCCUUGAAAAGGCAUAUGGAGCUGCAACGCGGCAGCCACAGCUUGAAACAGACCAAGACGAUCACAAGCUCAGUGUGACAGUUCCCAUCCAUGCUUUAUGAAAAUUGGCUUAUGAAUAUCAACAUGCAUAACUCAAGAGAUGCUUUAGACAAAAUGCCUCAUGUAACCUAUCGAUUUUAAUAUUACAAUCUGCUGGCUCUGUAUAUUCAAUUUAGUUCUGUGUAUCAUUCUUGUAUGUGACAAAUAUAAAGUGUGGAUCUCUGUAUAGUCCUAAAUGUACUAAUGAAGGCCAUUACUGGUGCCUCGGAAGCCUAAUGACUAGGGAACAACUCAACGACUUGUAAACAGGCAUGUUUGUCCUGUAUGUCCAAAGGUAAGUAGACUAGAAAGAUGUGACAAUUCCACAGGAUAAUGGGAAUCCAUUUUGAACCUGGUGUUUUCCCAUAGGAAGGGGUGAUGUCAAACAAAGGGUUCUGGCCCUUGCGAAGAGGCAUUGAAUCUGUCUAGCCAAAUCUAAGAGGAAACAGAAUUUUUCAGGUAUCUAAAAAGGUGUCACA